AUGGCGUCGGUCCAACUGAUUGCACAGUCCUCGGAUAUGACUGCCGCCGAGGUGAUCUUCAGCAGCGGCCACCGCGCUUUCACGAUCAUCACCCACGCCUCCCACGUUGUCGUUGCCUGGAUCAACUAUGUAGUUCAAUCUUAUGCCCCUCCUGCCAACAGUCGCCAAGUCGUUGGCCUCCACAUUGAGCGCGCCUCACGCAACGGCACUAUUGCCCUCCUCGAGCUCUGCGUCUGCAACUUGUGCCUCGUCUACCAGCUGCGGCACCGCAGCGACCUCCACCCCCCUGUCAGGCUCUACGAGUUCCUCAACGACGACCGGUUCUGCUUUGCUGGCGUCGCCGUGGUGCAGGCCAUGAUUUCUCUGCGGAGGGAGUACGCCCUCAUGGUGAGGGCUGCAGUUGACCUCGGGGACACGGCGUCGAGGAGGCUGCAGCGGGAGGAUCUUCAGUUAGCCAGGCUGGACCAGCUGGCGAGGGCGGUGUUGAGGAUUGAGAUAAUCAGGACAGACGAAGUGCCGAGGAGCGUGUUGCUCGAGCGAGUGCUGCUCCUGCAGCACAUCCCCGACGCAUGCACCGGCGCUGUCUUCUCCUAUGAGAUCUGCAGGAAUCUGUUAGGUUAG